CUGUGGAUGACCUGACAAGGAAUUUGUUACUGGACCGUUUCUGAUAAAAGAUUUUUUCCGACGAAGUGUUUUUAACUUUUUAUCACAGAAAAAAAUCGUGUUAUUUGGAUUUUAAAAUAGAUCCCGCUGUCGAAGGGAAGGGGACGCUGGUCGGACAAUGGUUGUAUAUUCAACUCCUGUAUUUACGCCAGUCGGGCCGACGCUAUUAAGAAGCAACGGAUUUCUAUCUGUAUGUUCCAUCACAACGACACCAGCUGUGUUAGCUGUGCCGAUUAUCAAGCGAACAUGCAAUGUGGCUUUAGUAUGGCAGAUAUUAUUUCAGAAACUGUUUUCGCGAUAUUCUCCUCAUCCUUGGAGGCUAGUCUCGGUCCCUUCUAGACCUUCAGGAAGAUGGCUCACUUUUGUGGAUUCGGCUAAAGUUCGUUUUGCCUGUGACGCAUGCGGCCACGGUUGGACUUCUAUGAAAGGAAGAGUCACGUUCUGGUGUUCAUUUUCGUCCAACUCUGGAGUGGUUUGCUAUCGUCUCUACGGACAGCAAUGCGAUAACUGCCAAGGCGAGAGCUACGAGCCUGCCAUGUGGUACCCGGAAGAAAUAGAAAAGGUUCUUUUGAACAUUUGCAACAGAGUGGCGCAUGUUUUCUAUGGUCUUGCAAAGCCGCCAAUUCAAUUGAGCCGAAGACCAGGGAAACCCAAGAAUCCGCACAAUUCAUUAAAGUGCCAAGCUUGCAAAGAUGGAGUAUGCGCGGAGCGCAGAUGA